AUGGAAGUCGACGCACUCACCAUCCUCCUGACGAUCGCAAUCGCAGCCGUUCUUGCCUUCGUCAAACUCAGCAAGUCCGAACCCGACAUCCACCCCCUCCUCCUCGACCAACAGGCCACAGUUGCUCCCCUCAGAGGUGAGGGUGAAUCAGCUAUUCACCGUGCCAAAUCUGUGCCUGCUGGAUCCUCGUUGGUGAAGGUCCCUCUUGAGAGAAUCAGGACUCUGCACGAUGUCUGGCAGAACGGUCUUGCUGCCAACUCUACCGGUCGUUGCCUUAUGUACAUGCUCCAGAACCAGUUUUCUUAUGUUGGCGAAUCAUAUGAGCACGUUGACAAGAGAAUUGGCGGAUUCGGAACAGGAUUUAUCGCAGAGACCAAGUUAAAGCCCAGGACAGAGACUCCCGUCGGAAUCUACGCCCCAUACUCUCAAGAGUCGUUCAUUGCACAGCAGGCGUUUUACAGAUACGGGUUUGUGGCUGUUCCCAUCCACGACCUGAGAAGCAGCGAACUCUUGAUCGAGAUUGUCAACCAGACAAAGAUGAAGGCUAUUGUUGUCGCUCAGAAGGCUCUGCCAUUACUUCUUCAGUCCUUGAAGGACUGCUCCAGUAUCAAGACCAUCUUUGUAGCCGCGAUCUAUGUCUCGGAGGAGCAAAAGAGGAUUGCAGCACAGCAUGGCGCCAGGAUCCUUAAGUUUGCGGAAGUCGAGUACAGUGGAUCCUCGGAAGCAUUGGACGCUGUUAAGCCAGAACCCUCGGAUAUUGCAAUGAUCAACUACAAUACCAAGUCAACUUCGUUAUCAAAGGGCGUGGUAUUGACACACGCCAACUUGGUUGCUGCUAUGACUGGAUUCACAGGAUCGUUGCCUGGCGCUAAAAAGUUCACCUCUAAGGACCGUCUGCUCUCUCAUUUCACCAACGGCGAUGUGAUCGGAACCUGGAUGACAAGUGCUAUGGUGAUGGCUGGAGGAUCGAUCGUCUUCCCCUCUGGGUUGAUGAAGAACGUCCUCCACGAUUGUCAGGCUACUACCCCCACUAUCUUUGCCAGUACGCCAAUUAUUCUGGAAAAGAUUCACGAGGCGCUGGAUACGACAUAUGGCGCUGGAUCCUCGUUUAAGAAGGCGUAUGCUUCCAAAUUGGCGCUGCUGGAUGCUGGACGCGUGACGACAACGAGUUUGUGGGAUUUCAUUGGACUGGGCGAGGUCAGGAGCCGACUCGGAGGAAAAGUUCAUCUUGUUGUUACCACCAACCCCACGAAGCCAGAGACAUUGAAGUACAUUAGGGCAGCAAUGGGCAUUCAUGUGAUGGCGACAUAUGGCAGGACCGAGACUUCUGGAAUUGUCACCAGCCGCAACAUGUUUGACUACUCGAACGAUGCUCAUUUGGGCGCACCUGUCGGAUGUAACGAGAUCAAGCUUCUUGACGACCCCGAGCAAAGAUAUACCAGUGGCGACCAGCCCAGCCCCCGCGGCGAGAUUCUUGUUCGCGGCCCUAAUGUGAUGAAAGGAUACUACAAGAAGCCCAAUGCGACGGCGACGAGCAUUGAUAGCGAUGGCUGGUUCCAUACGGGCGAGUGGGGCAGUCUCAAUGCCAAUGGUACCUUGGAGUUGUUGGGCAAGAAGAAGAAGGUUAAGUCUGAAAAGGCACCAUCUUCACCUGUGCACGAGGAGUUCAAGGAGUAA